AUGGAUCUUGGUGGCGUGGAUACUGCGCGUGGGGCUCAGCGCCUGGAGCGGCUGUCUUACAUUCGCUCUGCUGAAGAAGGAGAGAGGGACAAGGAGUCGACGGUGAGCGUCACUCCGACGGGGAAAGCUCCGGAUGAGGAGGAGGACGGACUGCAAGCGGGCAUGCCGCUCCGCUCCGGCGACGUGCCGAACCUGUACCAUUGGCGGUACAUUGGUCUGCUCGUGCAGUACGCAGUCGUGGGCGUGUUGUACGGAGGCCUGCCACGCACCGUGUACCCCUUCUUGAACAACUACCUGCAUCUGAACGGCUACCAAACGCUGUCGGCGCGUGUGCUGCUCUCGCUGCCUUGGUCGUUCAAAGUGAUGAUUGGGAUUGCCUCCGACUGCUUCCCCAUCUGUCGCUCCCGCCGCCGAGCGUACAUGGUUCUGGGGUGGUUGGUCUGCUCGGCCAUGCUGCUCAUUCUCGUGUUCGUGAACCAGGAGUCUCCGUUUUACAUGGACCCAACGCUACGGGGCAAGGAUCUCUCGAAUAUACCCCGCAGCGAUCUCGAUGGUCGCGUGAAUUGGGACGCACCGAGCUCGGGCUCUUUGUACGUCGUGCUGAUGAUGCUAUCGAGCUUGGGCUACAUGAUCGCUGACGUCGCGUCCGACGGACUUGUGGUGGAGUUUGCUCAGCGUGAACCGGAAAGCAUUCGCGGUAACAUCCAGUCCACAGUCUACUUGGUCCGCAGUAUUGCCAUGAUCCUGUCGGCGCUUCUGGUUGGGUUUGGACUAAACGGUGAAGACUACGGCGGGUCGUUCUCGUGGUCGUUCUCCAUGAGUCAGCUGAUGCUGAUCUUCUCACUGCUGAGUCUCGUGGCGAUCCCAGCGGCGUUGUGGCUGAUUCAAGAACCCCCGAUCGGUGGCGACGCACCUCAGUUUGGCGCGUACAUGAGUGCACUGUGGAUGCUCGUCCAGAACUCCGCCAUGGUGCAGGUGCUUGCGUAUCGGUUCUUCAGCGGCAUCUUCGAUGGCUUCACGGUCACGGCAAGCGACCCGAUCCAGCGCUACUGGGCUCGCGUGCACCCUCUCAACGAAAGUUUGUUCUCCGUGGUUGGGCUGGUCGUCUUCAGCGUGGCGCUGUACAUGACGAAGCGCAUUGGGCUGGGCUGGAACUGGCGCCGCGUGGUCGCCUGGACGACUGUCUCUGUGAUCGCGCUGGAUGCCACCGUGGGGAUGUUGACCAUUUGGGAUGUUGUGCGCAGUCAGUGGUUCUGGCUUGGCACGCCCAUACUCGAGGAGCUCCCGCAGGCCAUGGGUUUCCUCGUAUCGACGUUUGUCGUGGUGGAGCUGGCCGAGCUCGGCAACGAGGCGGCUGUGUACGGUCUCCUGACGACCGUGAGCAACCUGUCGAGUCCCUUUGCCUCGUGCAUCUCCAAGAACGUCAACGCGCUCUUCGACGUGGGCGUGGCUGACAUCAUCCGCGAUUCGACGCAUGUGCGCUGGCAAGUCACGUGGACCUUCGUGAUCGCGUACAUCAUGAAGCUGCUGUCUCUCGCGUGGCUGCCUCUCCUUCCGCGCCAGAAGCGCGAGACCCAAGAGCUCAAGCGCCAGGCUCGCUCGUGGUUCUGGGGCGGCGUCGCCACGGUCGCCAUCUUCAGCUUCGCUCUGCUCUGGUCCGUCACCACGAACCUGCUCUCCGUCUUCCCUGGCACCGCCUGCCUCGUGCUCGCCGGCGGCGCUGGUUGCAAGCCUCGCCCAAAGUCAACUUGA